AUGCUGCAGGUUGUACUGGUCACCACCCUCCUGGGCCUGCUCGGGCUGACCCCCGGAGAUGCUCAGGUGCCUGUCCAGGCCAACUUCGAUGCCAGUCAGUUCCAGGGAAUCUGGUACGUGGUCGGGAUGGCCUCUGAUGACCAGGCCUUCUUGGAGACCAAGGAUAACAUGAAGAUGCCUGUAGUCUCAGUGACCGCCAUGGCUGAUGGCAACCUGGGUGUCAAGUUCGGGUACCCCACGCCCGAUGGCGGAUGCCAGCAGGUGGAUGCGACCUUCACCAAGGGUUCUAUGAAUGGGCAGUUCAGCAAUGUGGCCAUGGCACAGACAGACAUCCGAGUGGCAAACACCGACUACAAACAAUAUGCUGUGAUGUUCUUCCUGACGGACAAAGGAGGGGUGCAGAACAAGUGGCUGCAGCUGUACGCCCGGACUCCUGAACUGGUCCCAGAAGGUGCUCAGAACAUGCAGAUGUUAUCAUCCCAAGUGGGUCUGGACCCCAGCCAAGGGGCCCUGCUGCCCAAGUCUGAUGAGUGUGCCAAUGCCUUCUCCCAGGGGCCCCAACUCCUCCGCACUAGACUUCCAAACGCAUCGCAGCGUCACGAGGCACUGGCGAGCUCUGAUCCUCUGCCAGCUCUCCCCUCUCGGCCGUCCUCCAUCCGUGCUGGGCGCUCCGCACAGAAGAGGCACCGUGAAAAUGUGGAAUUGGAACGAACGAACGAAUGA